GCAGGUUCGUGUUUUGGCUGCGCUGAGUGGUGUCUGCCUCUUUCGGACGGAAGGACGGAAACCUCCGCGUUUACCCACCCCAGCCAAUUUUCUUCUCCCUGUGUAGUCAGGGCGGCUAGGGAGGCUGGUCUUGGCCCGGUAUUUCUGGUGUGAUGCGGCCGAUAGGGUCAGGGAGUGGGCUUCAGAUGCCCAGUAUCCCCCGAGAGACCUGCUUCUGCUCUGGUAGGGCGGCGACCGUCCCUUUACGCAACCCUCGACGGUACUAGUCCUCCCAGUUCCCUCUCCUCAGCGAAUAAACAAACAGCAGCGCGUGACUCGACAGACUCAAAAACAGCUUCAGCUAUUCAGAGAAGUAGUUUCCUUCCCAUCUUUCUGUAAACUCUCCCGCCUUUACGCAUGGAAAACUCCUUCCAGUCCCUUGCUUAAGCAAGAGAUUGGGGUCUGGGGGGCGGCGGCUGGCGGCGCGAUGGACCUGGCCGGGCUCCUGCUGGACGAAGAAGGCACAUUCUCCCUCACCGGCUUCCAGGACUUCACGUUCCUCCCAGGACACCAGAAGCUGAGUGCUCGGAUCCGAAGGAGACUCUACUAUGGCUGGGACUGGGAAGCUGAUUGUAGCCUGGAAGAGCUCUCCAGCCCUGUGGCAGACAUUGCUGUGGAACUGCUCCAGAAGGCAGCCCCCAGUCCUAUUCGCAGGCUCCAGAAGAAAUAUGUAGCCCAUGUGUCCCGGGAGGCAUGCAUUUCUCCGUGUGCUAUGAUGCUAGCUCUGGUGUACAUUGAGCGGCUCCGGCAUCGAAACCCAGACUACCUACAGCAUGUGUCAUCGUCUGACUUGUUCCUGAUCUCCAUGAUGGUGGCCAGUAAGUACCUCUAUGAUGAAGGGGAGGAGGAGGAAGUCUUCAAUGAUGAAUGGGGAACUGCUGGGGGUGUGGCCGUGCCCACUCUCAAUGCCCUGGAGAGGGGCUUCCUGAGUGCCAUGGAUUGGCGUCUCUACACUGACCCUCGGGAGAUCUUUGAGGUGCUGAGCUGGCUGGAGAGCUGCGUGGCUGAGCAGCAGGGGCGCCGGCGGGGCUGGUACACCUAUACAGACCUGUGUGUGCUGCUGGAGCAGCCUGCCUGGCAACUGGCCCUGGGCUCCCUCUGCCAGCGGCUGGCAAAGUUGUCCUGCCUGUUAGCUAUGGCAUAUGUGAGCAGUGUGGCCCUGGCUGUGGCAUCGAUGGCCGUAAUACACCAGUCCUUGGGGCUGUCCUGCAGCCCCCCACCUGGCCCCCCAGACCUUGGACUGGCCUCCAGGUGCCUUUUGGAACCCUGCAUAUCUGCUUCGGUGCCACGGUGCCUGCCGUCUCCUGCUAACGUCUCCAGCUGCCUGGAAGUCGACGUAGGGCUGCGUCCACUCCGGGGCAGUCUUCUGGCCUCACUGACUCUACCACCAUUGCCUCCCCCAGCUCCUCCUGCUCCUCCCACUCUUCUCCACAACUGCCCCCUUUGCCAAAAGCUCCAGAAAGACUCCCCGACCUGCCGUACCUGCCACCACCCCAACCAUACCGUCCCCACUGGGCCCCCCAGCCUCUGGUACCACUCCCAUGGCCUGGCUCCCCCCUGGCCUUGGAGCCCGAUGCCCCCGCUGCUCCCACAGCCCCAGCAGUGUUCCCUCUUCGGCAUCAUGGAACUGGCCCGCCUUAGGUCUUUCAUUUUUCCAGGCUAGGUAGGGUUCUGAGGAAUGCAUUAAGAGGAUUUGGGAGUCCCUGAGAACCUGGAGGAGCAAAGCUUGAUCUGGGUUCUUGGCUGGUCCCCUGUCCUCCUGAGUGAUGGAGCUUAUGGGCGUUGUGGGGCAGAAGGACUGAAGGUCACUUGCUCUUCAGUCCCUCAGUGGCUGGCUGCUUGGCCAGGGCAGUGGUGGUGCCGGGAGAAGCUUCAGCUCAGCGACCAGGGGCGUGUCACAGGUGGACAGGGGAGGAGCCCCUGUCCCUCCAUUUCCCCUGGGCUCUUUUAGACUUUUGCUUUUGAGUUUCCUAGGAUGGGGUGAGGGAGGGAGGAAACAUUGGCCAUGGUCUGUGUGAUGUCCCUGAUGCAGGAGAGGCAGGGACUGACAGGGCCACCCACGGUGGGAGCUGCUGUGGGCAGGCGGGGUGAGGGGGGAAACCCUCUCCACACCCAUCCCUGGGACUUAGUCUAGAAGAGCCAGGGACUGCUGUGACCUGCAACCUGGCCCUUUCGUCUUCCACCCUUCUCUUCUUAGUCUCCUGCUCCUGGGCUUCCCUCUCUUCUGGUUCCUCUCCCGGGUGUUCUCUUCACAGGCCUCUGUGGCCACUGCUUUGUAUCUGGGUUUUUCACGCUUUUUGUAGGACCAAGAUUUCAAUAAACGGUUUCAGUUGC